AUGAAGAAGCCAGUGACUUUCAAAUCUGAACUCGACAUUUCCGAAGCCCCGUAUUACGACCGAAAGGGCAAGCAAAAAUGGGCGAAACUGACACCAGAACAAAAACUUGAAAUCCGACUGGAACUCAACUACUUCAAAUUAAGCGAGAUGCAAGUGCACCCAAAAAGCCUACAGAACAACCAGUACUACAUGUUUCUCCCUGAAACGCUAGAUCGAAUGAUGAAGAAGAGAAAAAAUGAUAAACUUGUGAAAGCGAUUUCGUUUUGA